AUCCCCUCUUCACGAACACAUAUUCUUUCAUUCCAGCACCUGAGUCUGUCCCAAUCCGACCGACUUGAUCACCAAUCAUCCUUUUAUUGCUUCCCUUCGAGCCACCACUCGUUUUUAGACCGGAAAAAGUAUCGGACAUUCAGUCUACAAAACAGGGAUCAGUCCACGACCAGUCUUCCUUUCCUCGACUCAAUUGCACCAAACAGACCCGUGGAUACUACGCGACCGCAGCUGCUGCAAUCGUACCCCAGCAGAGAUCCCAUCCAGUCCACACCAGUCAGGAGAAAAUAACCACGAUGCAUAUCGACGAAACCACACACGAUGAUCUCAAGGCCUACUUGGCUAAGGAGCUCGCUGAAAUUGCGGAUGCCGACCCUGGAAUGCUGGCCGACUAUGUCAUCGCCCUGCUCAAGCAUGACAAGGAAAAGGACGACCUGAGGGCCCUGUGCAUCUCACAGCUCGAGGAUUUUCUGCCAAAGCAAGCGGACGCCUUUGUAGACACGCUGUUUAAGGCCCUGGAUACUAAAUCCUAUAUGCAGAGUCAUGAUGCAAAAAGUCGCCAUGAAGCAGACCCUACUCCGACUUCACCACCUUCGGCCCAUCCAGCAUCAGAACGCAAUGCUGGCUUUGAGGACAUUCCUACAGGGCCUGCGGCCGAACGCCAUCGUGAUGAUGGUUCGUCUCAUGGACAUAUGGAGAAGCAUCGCCGUGGAGACAGUGACGGCUCUGACGACGAAGAUCGGAGUUACAAACACGCUCGUCGAGAUGAUGACCGAGAUCACCGUCGUCGGGACUAUAGCCCUUCCCGUCCUAGUGAUGACGACCGCCAUGGCUCAAGACGUAGAGGGUCAGCCGACCAUGGAAACGGAGCCCCGGAUCACGGUUACGAGCGGCGUGGAGAUCGUCAUACAAGACAGCAAGGUCUUACGACCGCUGGAUUUAACAACCGGAACAACGUCAAUAAUUUUAACAACAACAGCAUGGGCAGCAACCAGAAUGCUUUCGAUAAUAAUGGCGUGGAUCGUGGCCAAUGGAAUGGUCCUCAGCAGAACCGGGGUCGGUUUGAGGGCAGUCAACGAGGCGGGUUUCAAGAUCAGCGAGGAAACAGUGACGCGUGGCGCGGGGGAUCUAACAUGAGAGGAGGUCGUGGCGGCAUGCACGAUACAGGCUCUGGAUUCGGACAGGACAGACCUAAACGUCAGAGGUGUCGCGACUAUGAUGAGAAGGGAUAUUGCAUGCGUGGAGACUUGUGCCCAUACGACCAUGGUGUGGACAGGAUUGUUGUUGAUGAUCUGCCAAGGUUUGACAUGAUGGGAGGGGCACCAGCCAUGGGACCAAAUGGUAUGAUGGGCAUGGCGGGGGGCCGCCCUCCAUUUUUCCCUGGUGGACCCACUGGAGGCAUGAUCCCUAAUCCAUCAGACGUGUACGACCCUGAAGCGGCCGCACUCUCAGCAAACGAGAUAGGUCUCCCAAGGCAAGGAAUCGAAGAUAUGGAGGGAGGACAUCGUCGUGGCGGUCAGGAAAUGGGUGGUCGAGGAGGCAUGCGUGGUCGCGGCAGUCUCAGAGGAAUGCGUGGUCGUGGUCGAAGCGGUGCCAGUCAUCCUUAUUCAGCUCCUGGACAUUUUCCUGGAGCCGGACCUGGCACGGCAGGAUCAAAGACUUCUCUGGUGGUUGAACAUAUACCCGACGAGCACAACACUAUCGACAAGGUGAACGAGUUUUUCAAAAAGUUCGGAAGCCUAACUAACAUUCAGGUCGAUCAGAGUGCGCAUAAGGCCUUGAUCCAAUACAGCACCCGCGAGGAGGCGGGCGCUGCCUAUAACUCCCCAGACGUCAUUUUCGGGAACCGAUUCGUGAAGGUCUACUGGCAACCGGAUGAUUUGGACGCUUCUACGUUUGGUCGCCAGCCGAAGCCGACGGGACAGGUUCGACCUGAGAAGGGCCCAGGAGGCGGAGCGCCGCAUCAUGGCCAUCCAGCUGUACCAAAGCCGCCGGUGUCGAGCGUUUUGAUGACCCCGGAACGUGCAGCAGAGUUGGCAGCAGAGCGUGCAGCAGCGGCGGCCAAGCUACAAGAGAGCAAGAAGGCAAUGCAGGAGAUCCAGCGACAGAAGGAAGCACUGAUUCAACGUCAGCAGGAGGAGCAAAAACUUCUGCUGCAAAAAAUGUUUGCCAACAAGAACAUGUCUCAGCAGGACAAGGAUGAGAUCCUGAAGGGGCUGAAGAAUGUUGCGAUUGAAGUCACGAAGGAGCCCGUGGAUCCGCAUGCGCAAGCACGCGCUGCAGCGGUAGCAGCAGAGGCCCAGAGACAAGCAGAUCUCCAAAAGGAAGCUGAGAGGAGAGAGAGGGAACGACUGGAUCGGGAGCUUGAGACCCUCAACACAGUCCCUGUGAAGGCUAGCGGAACAGGCGCGGACUCUGCUGCAACGACGAUUCCUAGCUCAGGCACGAGCCCUGAUGCUGUAGAGACCACUGCAGCGUUGAAAGCCAAGCUGGCGGCACUUCAGGCUCAGGCUGCUGCUUUGGGACUAGAAAGCCAAGGGGGAUAUGCAGGGCGUGGCCGUGGCGGUUAUAUUCCACGCGGCCGUGGUCGUGGAGCGCCAGUAAAUAUGUGGACUCGCGGAGGCGGGCGAGGUGGAGCCAUGGGGUCACACAAUCGCACAUUCAGACUUGAUAACCGGUCCACAAAGCUGUCCGUCAGUAAUAUCGACGAGGCCUCCAAAGGCGGGCUUAAAGAGCACUUCGAGUCCUAUGGCGAACUCGAGUCGUUUACUCUUGGACCCGAUGGCACCUCGGCCACUGUUCAGUACAAGAUCCGAAAGGACGCAGAGACAGCGAUGCAGCAAGGGUCGCAGGUACCUAAUGCGACUACUUCUCUGAAGCUUGCAUGGAUCUCAGAGCCCCCAGCAGCACCAGUCCCGACAGCACCGGCAUCUAAGACGUUAGCUCCACAAACAACGCCUACCCUCUCAGCAACAGGCCCUACUACGAAUGCAUCAUCAGUGAGUGUAGCUGCGUACGAGAGCGAGGAGGAUGAGGAUGGCGAGCGAUCUUGGAAGCGAUAGAUCUAGAGGCAACUUCUUCAUAGCAUCGACACACAUUUUUCAUUUUCCAUUUU